AUGACAUACGGGCAGGCGCUGGCGCUGCUGCUGCUGUGCCUGGCUGCCUCAAGAAUCGUAGUGCUGGGCCGCACCACUGCGACCACCGCCACCGACUCCGCUGCCACUCCCACCGCCGCCACCUCCGCCACUGCCACCCCCACUGCCGCCGCCACCACCGACCCCAACACCCCCACCCCCACCCCCGCCGCUCCAACCACCCCCGCCGCCACCACCCGAGCCUCCACCACCGCCUCCACCCCCACCACCCCCACCACCCUUGCCGCCCUUCCCCUUGCCGCUGCGGCGCCUGCCACUGGAAGCAGACGCAGCCCCAACCUCCUCAGCACCAAGGAGGUCGACAGCAGCAGCAGUGGCGACAGAGGGGAGGAGGGGAGAGGGGGAACACCCCUCGAAGAAGGGGGUGCGAGGAGUGCCUCGAGAAGCGCCCACAGCAGCGUUAAUGCUAACCUCGGCCGCUGUAAGGUGCUUUUCGAGGAGGUCUAUAUCGGCAGGGGUCGCAACACGCACCCGAGCGUCGCUAGUGCGGAGGUGGGUGAUGAGAUCAGCGACUGUAGGAAAGGCGGACAGGGCAAGCGGCAGGAUGCGUGCACAGGGCAGCAGGAGGCAGCGCUCACUGGGUUAGGGGCGGCCGGCAGGGGAGGAAGCGGCUGCGGGCCGCGCACGGGUAGGGCAAGGUGGCGCGGCGGCGGGCUGCGCACGGGCAGGGCAGGGAGGCGCGGCGGCUGGCUGCGCACGGGCAGGGCAGGUGGCGUGGCUGCGGGCUGCGCACGGGCAGGGUAG